CGUCACUGGCACAUUUGUAAGGGGAAGGGAGUGUUGUAAUGCUAGUUUGCGUGCAGGCUGUUCUUUAAAUAUCCUAUUUUAUUUCAGAAAUAUGACACAUGGUAGUUUAAUAAUUCAAGAAAAUACCGAAUAAACGGGACGGUACUGCCUGAAAGAUAUCCUGUAUUUAGUUGGUUUUGAUCGAUCUUUUGUAUUUAGGAUAUGGAGCUUGAUCGGCGACUGUUGGUGGCUCACUGCGCAGCCCACACCCUGUCAGUACUGGCCGGGUUGAUGGUGGUUGUCCCGCUGGCGCUAAACGGCUCAGCUUUCAAAGGGCGUUGUGCGCUUUUCACCACUGGUUCUUGGAGGACGGACAAUCGAACCGACAUUUCUGUGGAACAGGGUGAGAUUUCACACUUGGUGGUACAGCAAUGGGGUCCACCGUCUGCAUGCCAGUUCGCAACUUUUGUCGGUGUUUUCACGGUGCUGUAUGGUGCUGCGCAGGGCUGGCGAAGCAUCUUCUAUCUCCACGGACGGCUUGACGACACCUUGUUCUCUGCCUUCCUGACCCUGAUCCUGAGCCUGUGUGUGUUGUUCCUAUCUGGAGGGGCUAGUGUCACCCUCUCCCUGGGGCUGGCCUCCUGGUGCAACACUGUCACAGACGGCAACACCAGACCCUACAGCUGUGCAGAAUCCCAGUCCGUCCCCAUGUACCUGGAUGUAGAGACGUCCUCCUUCUACACUGAGCUCACUCUGGCAGAGGUUGCUCUGUGGAGUGUGACAGCAUUGUGGCUGACCCACUCCAUCCUGUCUUUCAUGCGUCUCUACCACUCCCACAGCGAGCACAUCAGCGGGCCCUGCCUGCCCAGGGAGAAGGAGCAUCUCCUCGGUCACUCUUCCUCCUCCUCAGGCUCAUCAGGAUCAGACCGGGGCUCACCCUCACCCGCACAACCCCUAUCAACAGCACCCAGCAUCAUCUUUGUCUAAACCCCUAAUGCCAAUGGAACCCCACGCAGCUACACAUUAUGAGGGGUGGAAAUCUAUAUGAAACAAAGAAGCUGAGAAUGUAUUGAUUCAAGAGACUGGACUACAGUUUGUAGUUUGAUUGAACCCUUGUUUAAACCCAUUUGAAUUUAUAUGAGUUCCAUCCCUCAUAACCCGUCAUUACCAACACCCAGUGUUUUUAUUGAACCCCAAGACCUUUGUUCUGCUAAAUCUCAUCACCACCACCAUUCACCACUUACUGUAGCCUCUUAUUUAACAGGGUUCAACCUCCAACCACAAAUCGUCAUCUACCAAUUCUUUCUCAGACCAAAGGGGAUUCAUUGAACGUACGGUAACUAAAAAAGGAAUAAAUGAAGUAAUGUUAUUGCAUUUAUUAAUUAGAUGUUUAACUAGUACCGUCUUAUCUUAGAGUCUUAGACAUAUGGUUUAAUAUGUGAUCACAAUCAGUAUGAUAUUAGUGACAUUCAUCAGUGCAUAGCUCACUAACUUCAUAACAAGGUAGCUGACUGACUGACCUGUGCCAAAUUAGUUACAUAUAAAUACUAAGUUAUUAUUUUAAAGGGUUGUCUGUUUCAACAAAACAUGACCUAAAAGUGUUUGUUCAAUAUGUAUGUCUGUUAUAUCCAACAGUUCCAAAAUUGGCAAAUGUACCAUUUGCAUGUUGUGUGCAAUAGCUCUCAAGGCAAAAGUAAUUCAUUGUUUGAGUAAAUUAACAUUUGUACUGAGGCUUUCAUUGAGAAGCAAGAAGCAUAUAGUAUUUUUUUGAAAGAGAGACUAUAUUCAAAUAGGAUCACUGUGUGAGAAAGACACAUUCAUGUUUUAUUGUGUCACAGAAUCACUCUCUUCCUCUAGUGAAGGUUGUCGUAUGAUGCUAUUUGUGUAGGUGCAGCUGCUUUCAAGGCAUUUGAAGCCUCCAGAUUUUUCACAAAUAUAUAGCUUUGAUGAUAGUAGUAUCAGAACAAGUAUAUGUGUGAACUAGGCUGAGCCAAGAAGGUUUAGGGAGGUAUAGGAUAGAGACAAAAUACACUCGGAAAAAACACGUAUUUCAAUUUAUCUUGACCUUCAAACUCUGAACUCUGACCUCAGUAGUCGUGGUGACAUACAGAUAGCGGAAAAAUAAACCGGAAGAGAGAUAGACUGUCUAUAAUCUAUUGUAUUUUGGAGUAUUACUGGCAAUAUUGAUGAUGUUUUAUACUGGUUAUUUAUGUUAAUGUUUUUAUUUAGCAUCCUGUUUGUGUAAAUCAAAAAAUAUCUUCCUAUGAAUUUUAAAAAAGCGUUUCAUUUUGGGAGUUACUAUGUUUAUAACUUGUUGACAUUGCGCUGGGCAUGGAACUAGAAGUUGGCCUGCAGUGCUGAUUUUAGAUCAGUUUUGUUUGUUUCUAGAUCAUUCGUAGACAAACAUUUGAAUUGGUUGAGCAACGUCGGCUGAUCCUAGAUCUGUGCUUAUUUGGUGAAUAAAGGAAGCGUGAUUGGUCAACCCAGUCCAUCGGAAUGAAA